CGGAUCGUCGCAGAAUACAAACAUUGUCGAGCAUAGCGGAAAAAUGUUCCAAUAGUGGUAUUAAAUUAUUCAUACAUGAUGCAUCGGUAAUGUCAAGGUCUUUCCCAUAAGUUUCCCAUCAGUGAAAUUAUGGCACUGAGUGGAAAUCUCGUUAGUAAGGGUAGUUCGCAAGAUCGUUCGGAUUUGGUGGCUUUCUGGAGCGUUCCUCUUCUCGAUGGAGUGCAUACCGUGGAAUUUGAGCACGGGGGGACCACUGGAAAAAGAGUAAUUAGAGUGGACGGCAAGGAAAUCUUGAGACGCGACUGGAUGUUUAAACUAGUUGGUGAAGAAAAGUUUACGUUGGGCAAACAAGGUGCAAAAUGCGAGUUGCGUGUCGAUCCACUACCCCACUUCGCUUUUGCUUACAGUCUUUUAGUCGACGGAAAACCUCUAGAAAAAUUCACGGAAAAACAAUCGCAAACUACAAGGUCGUGGGCAGUUUUAGCACAAGGGAAGCGAUACAGAGUAGUUUUCGAAAAACAAACUUUAAACGUAUGGGUAAAUGGCCACUACGUCGAAACUGAGAAUAUUUUUAUAGAUGAAGGAAGUGAAAUGAGUUUCGAGUUUGAAAAUUUAAAGGCUGCAAUCAGAGCCACGUCUGUCGAUCGAAAACAGGGAGUUGUUCAUCAGCUUUUCGUCGACGGAAACUUGAUAGAUGAAGAUGAAGCUUACUGUUGAUAAAAGUGAUGUCGAUUUUGUUAAGGUUUA